AUGAGGCGCCUUGGUGCAGCACAUUCAGUUGUCUGGAAACAUCGCAAACGAGAGGUUCGGCUAAGUUCCACUUAUGUCAAAGGUUCGAUAACUUGCUUCUGUGGAUCGCUCGUAGUCGCCUACAUCGUUUCUCCCCCAUUAUGGCUAAUGAACAGCGAAGUACAUGCGCGCGCACACACACACACACCGGCACCGAGCUGCAUCCAGAAACGCCACAUGUGCGACUAUUACCGGAUGACUUACCGGAAGCAUUCCGGCCGAAACGUUCAUUCUGCUGUAGCAAUGGAAAACUGGGGCUGGUCAAGGCCCUCCACGCAUCUUGGAAGUUGUAUUCGUUCUGAUUGUAGCGUGGUAACAGAUGAGGUCAAUGCACGAAUCUACAAGGCUUGA